AAACUGUUUGUCAAUGGUUGUUGCGGCGUAUUGCUUUUAUGACACGAAACUUGAGACACUGGUGAACGUUCGAGGACUCUGCUACUUUAUAAAAACAAUCUAAAUGACUAACUGAUGUGAAAUGACGUUGUUAAGGAUUUUGCAGCUUUGCUGUAUUCACCAUGUAAUCAUAGGUGCCCGUGGCGGGAACGAGGAGUUUGAACUUCACCCCCAAGAUGGCUGGUUCAACAAUCUCAUACAUCCGGACUGGGGAGCAAUAGAUGGGCAACUUCUGCGGAAGAGUCCGGUGGCGUACAGUGACGGGGUGUACAUGCCCUCGGGCCAGGACCGGCCUAACCCAUUUGAGAUCAGCAGGGCGGGUCACAAGGGUCCCCCGGGACUCGGGUCCCUUCGGAACAGGACGGCAUUCCUCGUCUUCUUUGGUCAACAAGUGGUGGAGGAAAUACUGGACGCCCAGACGCCCGGAUGUCCCCGAGAGUUCUUCAACAUACCCGUGAAGAGCUCAGUAACUCCGCAGUUCGACCCUGAAAACAAGGGCAACGUCGAGAUGCCUGUUUUUCGCUCUCGAUAUGAUCAGCGCACGGGACUCUCGCCCAAUAACCCUCGGCAACAGUUGAACGAAAUCACGCCAUACAUCGACGGCACGCUCAUGUACGGUCCCGGCAAAGCUUGGACAGACGCCAUCCGGGAACUUAGCGAGACACAUAAGGGACGUUUGAAGGGGCUCGAUCCCUCAGUUCCGGUAAAGGACAGUUUUCCGGCGCUAAAUGAUCUUCUUCUUCCGUUCGCAAACCCGCCUCCACCCCGAGAGCACAAUAUGAAGCCCGUUAAACGCUUUUGGAUGAUUGGCAACCCUCGUGGGAAUGAAAACCCGUUCCUUUUGGCGUUCGGCAUACUUUGGUUCCGUUACCAUAACCACGUUGCAGACGAGAUCUCUAAAAAAUAUCCGGCACUCAACGACGAACAGGUGUUCAAUUUGGCGCGGAAAAAGGUUAUUGCGACCCACCAGAAUAUCGUGCUGUAUGAAUGGUUACCGAUGUGGCUACAAGUCAACUCGUCUAUGGUGUUGUCCCAGGUCGUCCCGCCAUACAGUGGAUAUAAUCCGAACAUACAUCCGGGCAUCGCGCAGGAGUUUCAGUCUGCGGCAUUCAGAUUUGGACAUACCCUUGUGACCCCCGGGACCUGGAUUAGGAAAGCAAAUGACCCUACAUGUACGUUUGAGAAGUUGAACAUUGAGAUGGGCGGGGGAACCUCUGGUCAGGCGCAUGCGCUGAGACUCUGUAACGCCUUCUGGAACCCACAGGAAUUUCUAGACGGUAAAAAGGCGUCAAUAGACAACCUGCUGUCCGGACUCGCGGUAACGCUGGCUGAGCGAGAGGACCAUAUUGUAGUGCCUGACCUCCGAGAGCACCUCUUUGGUCCACUGGAGUUUUCGAGGCGUGACCUAAUUGCUAUAAAUAUCCAGCGGGCACGUGACCACGGACUUCCGGAUUACAACAGUGUGCGCGAGGCGUACGGAUUGGAACGGAGGAAGUCAUGGGAAGAUAUAAACACGUACAACAUCUCGGAAAAAGAUCCACAAUACAACGACACGGAAAAUAUGUAUCCGAAUGGCAUGUACAUGAGCGGUCCGAUUGCAAAUCUCAAAAAGCUGUAUGGGAACACGUCGGCUCCCGACAAUUUGGACUUGUUUAGCGGCGGAUUGCUCGAAACAACGCCAGAUGGCCUCGGGGAGCUCUUUCGGACAAUCAUACGCGACCAGUUCACGCGCAUCCGGGACGGCGAUAGGUUCUGGUUCGAAAACGAGAAUAAUGGAUUGUUCAACAGAAGUGAAAUAGAAGAAAUACGAAAUAUAUCUAUCCGUGAUGUAGUUUUGCUUGUCACAAAUAUAAAAAGUGAACAUUUCAACAAAAACCCAUUCAUUUUCCAGACAGGAGAUCCGUGCCCCCAGCCACAACAGCUUAGGGCCGAUACUUACGACACACUCAAGAACAGCGGAAUAGCGGUGAUAGAGCAAUGCACAGGGGUGAAACAUUACGACUACUUUUCCGGUAGCGAGUACUCGUUCGCUCUAUCAUACCUCGCACUGGGACUUUGUAUUCCUGGAACAGUCGGGAUGAUGAUCUUGAUGGCAAAACACAAACAAAGGAGCAUGGCGGAGCAACGCCGAAAAGAGGCGCCCAAACGGAAGAGCAUGGAGCCAAACGUAUACAUAGCUUCUGAAUGGAUGGAUCCUCAGGAAGGCGAGCGAAACGUGAAAGUGAAGUUUGACAUUGAGCGCAAGAAAAUUCACGUGACAGACCGUGGACGGCGCCCGCUUCGUAUGAUCGACUUACGUUACGGUAACAAAAAGGUCCACUUCCGGGUUUGUGAACCGUCUAACUUCAUCUCCGUGAGAGUUCCGGAUGAGAUUGAUCUUGUGCUACGCUUCGCUACCGGCGAGUUCCUCACGGAAUUCAUCCAGAAGCUGGAGGAGUUUCUGCGGACGUUGAAGCUCGAGCAUGACCGCCAGGACUUGACUGAGCCGCUCAUCAUGAAAAACGCAUAUACGAAGGCCAUGCGUAAGAAGACACUCGACAAGUUCCUCCGGGCCGUCUGCCUUGAGGCGUUCAAGACGGGUACAGACAUCGCGGACAUCAGAAAGAUCCAGUUGACCCGCACGGAGUUUGCCGAGGCUCUCGGGCUCACGCCCAACUCCCUGUUUGUUCGCAAUAUGUUCCUCAUGGUGGACAAGGACAAAAACGGCCUCGUCAGCUUCCACGAGUUCAUGACGAUGUUCAACAUUCUCGCGAAAGGUAAUGCCGGUGAAAAGGCGGAGAUGUUCUUCAACAUGUUUGACCUAAAGAGGCGUGGUUACCUGAGUCAUGAUCAGCUUUCAAAUAUGAUUAAGUCAAUGCUUGACCUGUCUGACACCGGACUAGACGACGGCGACUUCAAGGUCCUUGUAGACUCGCUGUACCAGAAGGCAGGGCUUCAGCCGUCAAAGAACAUAACUAUUGUGGAAUUCAAGAAGAUAUUUGCGUCCGGGGAAUAUGAACAUACCUUAGAACAAGCUACGUUACAACUAAUUGGUGCAAAGCAACAGUGGCAUGGCAAGGGUCUGGGGGUGGAGCAGUCCUUUAGUAUCCGCAGAAAAACGUUUAUCGAAGCCUUUAGCAAAUCAGCGGCGUCCGAUGGAGGCGCUCCCAGGCUGCAGCGCCAGACGUCGCACCUGCGGGUCAAAGUGAAGAAAAGCCGUCCCCCACCGACGGGCUUCUGGAAUCACUGGAACAGCUUCACGAAAUACGUGGAGAACUACCGGCGCCAGAUCUUCUGGGUGUCACUCUACAUUCUAAUCACCGUUGGCAUCUUCGCGGAACGCGCCUUCUACUAUUCCUUUGAACGUGAGCACUUUGGGCUCCGCCGCCUGGCCGGAUAUGGCGUCUCAGUGACGAGAGGCGCCGCAAGCGGCAUGAUGUGGACGUUCUCGUGCCUUCUGCUGACUAUGAGCCGCAACACCAUCACCUUCCUGAGAGAGACGUUCCUGCACAGGUUCAUCCCCUUUGACAGCUUUCACGCUUUCCACAAGCUCAUCGCCUAUAUGGCGCUCAUUUUUACAGUGAUGCACGUAUUCGGUCACGGUAUAAACCUGUACCACAUCUCCACGUGGGCUUCUGGAGACCUAAACUGUGUCUUCGGGGAGUACUUCCGGGCCACGGACAAAUUAGCUUCCUUCCAUUACUGGGCAUGGACGACCAUUACAGGACUGACUGGAAUAGCGCUGACGCUCAUAGUCAUCGUAAUGUACGUGUUUGCGACGCCGUACGCGCGCCGGAACCUCUUCAGCGCCUUCUGGACGACGCAUUUGCUCUACAUCUGCCUUUACGGCUUCAUGCUCAUACACGGAUCGGGCCGUCUAGUGCAGGCACCGCUCACGCAGAACUUCCUGUACGGUCCACUGUUUGUUUAUGUCGUAGACAAGCUGAUCAGUAUCAGCCGGAAGAAAGUUGAGAUUGCGGUAAAGAAGGCAGAGCUGCUGCCAUCUGAUGUGCUGGGUCUGACCUUUAAGCGUCCGUCCAACUUCGAGUACAAGUCCGGCCAGUGGGUCCGUAUCGCCUGUCAGGAGCUGGGCACGAGCGAGUAUCAUCCUUUUACACUAACUUCCGCUCCAAACGAGGAGCACCUUAGCCUCCACAUCCGGGCGGUGGGCCCGUGGACAAUGAACAUGCGCAAAACGUACGACGCCAACACCAGGGAUGACAAGCCUUUCCCCAAGCUGUACCUGGACGGCCCGUUCGGCGAGGGACACCAGGACUGGUACCGGUACAAAGUAUCCGUGCUUGUGGGCGGGGGCAUAGGCGUGACGCCCUUCGCCUCCAUUCUCAAGGACAUCGUGUUCAAGUCGCGCACUUCCGCCGUGCGCUUCCCGUGCGAGAAAGUCUACUUCCUGUGGGUGACGCGCACGCAGAAGCAGUUCGAGUGGCUCACCGACAUCAUUCGCGAGGUUGAAAACAACGACCCGAACAAUCUGGUGAACGUUCACAUCUUCAUUACCCAGUUCCAACAGAAGUUCGACCUCCGUACUACCAUGCUGUACCUCUGCGAGCGACAUUUCCAGAAGGUUUGUGGCAAGAGUCUGUUCACCGGGCUCAAGGCCACAACGCAUUUCGGUAGACCAGAGUUCGAGGCGAUCUUUAAGUCCAUCCACCACGAGCACCCCAAGGUUCAGCAAGUGGGUGUGUUCAGCUGCGGACCGCCCCCUAUGACCCUGAAUGUGGAACACGCAUGCGCGGCAAUGAACACAUACACGGACUUCCCAAGCUACAUUCACCACUUUGAAAACUUCUAACGCAUGCGCACUUUGCAUAUGGAAAAACUUACAAAUGACGGAAUCUCUGUCGUAACUGUGCCAUAUUUUUGUACAUUGUGCCUUAACUUAAGCUGCAUUCUUAAGUUGAAGACGAUAUUUAUGUAAUAUUGCAAAUGGGAAUUUGCAUUGGUGUCACUGGUUGUAAAUAAGAUUAAUGCUUUCAUACAAUUGUUGAGAUUAAUGCCGUUCUUUUUGUCACAGUUUACAUAUAUAUCAUGAUGUUUUGCUUCUUCCAUAUAUAUCUUGCCGAUUUGUUCUGAUGAAGACAGUAACUCAACUCCAAAAAACAACUCCAAAUGAGUUGGAAUUUGAUAAAGAUGAAACAAGAGAAGGGAUUUAUCAGCCUUUCCAUUUCGUAGAAAUGUUUAGCAUUUUGUUUUAAGGGACUGAAUUAGUAUCGAUUCUAGUCUUAAUAAUAUUCCUGCCAUUGAUUGUUUUCAUAUUCAUACAUUUCAUUUACGGUUGACAGUAUUAAUACUUCCUGGUAUUGUUUUAUCAAACUACUCAUGUCUUAAUUUACAUCCAAACAAACACUAAUUGAACAAACUGAACAAUACUAUAAAUUUAUGAUCAUGCCCCUUACAGCUUACGUGUGUAGCGAUAAUAAAUAGUUGUUUACGUAGAUUUCAUUUUAAAAUAAAUUUUAUAUAUUUCAUUUACUUUUUAUGGUUGCAUGGAUUACUGAAGAGCACUUAUGCAUAUUGAAGUUUAAUUCCAAUAACAAUAUUUAUGUUUUUGUGUUACAUAUUUAAUUUUUGUCGUCUAUAACUUUUACCGCUACAAGUAGAAAUAUUUGGUUAUUGUUAACAAAAAUUAAAAACAAAUGGCAUUUUAAGAGAUACUUGUGUACAAGUAAGUUUCAUUAGCAUUUAUUUUACAGUUGUCGCACCACGUAUUAUAUCUUGUAACGAAAUAGUCUUUUGGGAAAUAUCGCGUUCAAUGAUGAGAAUAUUGUUUUCUAUAUUUAUAAUAAUUUACUUUUCUAUGUUAAGUAUUUAAUACGGUAUUAAAAAUUUAAAACAUAAUUAUGACAAUUUGCAUGUUUCUGUCUAACAAUACUACGUAUAUGUUUGAUUUUCAUAUCAUCAGAUUUAACAUGCUACCGUAUAAACGCUUAGACAUAUGGAUGAAUGAUAUAAUAUAAUCCGUUUACUCUUAACUAUGAAAUAAAUGAGCCACUUUGUAAAGAUCCAAACAUUAAACCAUCAGAGCAAACUAUACACGUAGUAUGUUUUGUGGUGCGUGUUAAAUGUAAUUAAUGUAAUUAAAAUGUAACUUAUUCUUUUUAAAACAAUAUUUAUUAUUGAAUUUUGUUCCAUUUAAAUAAAAUCGGCACGUCACUUCCUCCACUUUAUCCUGUAUUAAUCGCAUCAUUUAAACCAGUUGGUGUCAAUGUUUCGUAGCUAUAUUGUAUUAUUGUAUUGAGUCCAAUCAAUUGCUUUAUUUAGGGAAUUAUUGACAAGCUGCUUUUUCUGUUUUCGUUUUAAGGGGAGUCCGAUCUCCUAUACUCAUUUUUGAUACGCUAUAUUUACAAUUUUCGUUAAGUGCUCGUUACCCAAUGACCCUAUGCUGUCAUCGCUUUAUAGUCCCUAAAGUAUGUGACUGUCGCUGUUCUUGCACAGAUGACAUUUUAUCCAGGCGGACUUUAUGUCACUGUACGCGCGGGUUUCUGUUUGAGUUGAUAUAUCCAAUUUGCAUCUACUACUAGAAGUCAUAUCGGAAUGUCGCUUCCCCUAGUCUAACAUUCUUAUUAAUUGUUUUUAUGUAUUUGCGAGUCACGUUUCUCUACCUUUAACGUUCGUUACGUGGGAAGUUCUAAUUGCGUGUUUUUGUCCGUUACGAAUUGCGAUUUAUUUUUGUUUUGUCUGUUCUCAUUCUUAAUUAUAAAAUUGGUUUAUCAUUUGCAAUAUUAGGUAUAUUUCUUUUCUACUUUUAUUUAUUCCUAUAAAAUCAUUUAUUCCUAUACAAUUUUGCUAUGCUACGUCACAGUCGGUUUCAUGGAAUUUUAAUUAUAGUGAUUUUGAUCAAUUUCCACAAAUGUGUGCUUUGUCUUGUGCAUUAAUGCUUAUUCACUUUUUUUGUAAAAUUACAAAAUAAUAAAAUUAAGUUACAGCUUCA